GCAACGAAACAACAGAUAGAGGAAGGGAUUCGUGGCUUUUGUGGUAGUGAUCUGUAUUCGCAACCACCACCCACUUCAGGGAGGUAGCAGGGAGGCGUGUCUGUCCAAGCCCUGUGGAUGAUGCAACGCACAAGGCUCCUGCUGCAGCUCUGGAUUGGCUAGCUCCCGGAGGCCGCACCGCGCAUUGGCUGAAGUGGAAUGGGGGGUGGGGCCGGUGGGCGUGGGUGCCGCGUGGCAGAUGCAGAGGGCCGGACCUUCGCGCGUGUAGCUGCACACAGUUUGCAGCUGCCCUGCAGAGCCGGCGUUAGCUGUGAAGGCUGUGGGAGCUGGACCUCCAGACAUGAGUGUGGGUUUCAUCGGGGCAGGGCAGCUGGCUUUUGCCCUAGCCAAAGGCUUCACAGCAGCAGGUGUUUUGGCUGCUCACAAGAUAAUGGCCAGCUCUCCGGACAUGGACCAAGCCACGGUCUCUGCCCUCCGGAGGAUAGGGGUGAACCUGACACCCCACAACAAGGAGACAGUGCGCCACAGUGAUGUUCUCUUCCUGGCUGUGAAGCCACACAUCAUCCCCUUCAUCCUGGAUGAAAUUGGUGCUAACAUUGAGGACAGGCACAUUGUGGUGUCCUGUGCGGCAGGUGUCACCAUCAACUCCAUUGAAAAGAAGCUGACAGCGUGCCAGCCAGCUCCCAAAGUCAUCCGCUGUAUGACCAACACCCCGGUGAUAGUGCGGGAGGGUGUGACAGUGUAUGCCACAGGCACUCACGCUCGGGUGGAGGAUGGCAGGCUCGUGGAGCAGCUCAUGGGCAGCGUGGGUUUCUGCACGGAGGUGGAGGAAGAUCUGAUCGAUGCUGUCACGGGGCUCAGUGGCAGCGGCCCUGCCUAUGCUUUCACCGCCCUGGAUGCUCUCGCUGAUGGUGGUGUGAAAAUGGGUCUUCCAAGGCGCCUGGCUGUCCGCCUGGGGGCCCAGGCCCUCCUGGGGGCAGCUAAGAUGCUACUAGACUCAGAAGAGCAUCCAGGCCAGCUCAAGGACAAUGUCUGCUCGCCUGGUGGGGCCACCAUCCAUGCCUUGCAUGUGCUGGAGAGUGGGGGCUUUCGUUCCCUGCUUAUCAAUGCUGUGGAGGCCUCCUGCAUCCGCACACGGGAGCUGCAGACCAUGGCUGACCAGGAAACUGUCUCCCCUGCUGCCAUCAAAAAGACUGUACUGGAUAAGGUGAAACUGGACUCCCCUGCUGGGACCUCUGUGUCUUCUCUUGGCCUUAAGUCACUGCCCUGCAGCCCGGCCCCAGCAGGCAAGGAAUGACUCAUCUCUUCAGCC